UUAAAGCACUGUUAAACUAACGGCAAGUUUGUUCGAUGCGUUUCAUGUUAAAAAAAGAUUUUGGCACUAAUGAAAGAAGCAUCUACAAACAUACGUAAGAGUGAUAUUUUUGGAAGUGAUAGCUCAUUUCUUCUAUUCUUUUCGCACACAGAGUGAAUGUUAGUUAUUUUUCGUCUUUUUGUUGGUGAACUUGAUUAAAUAGGGGAAUUACUGUUCUAGUUCUUCUAAAGUAAAAACGAUAACAAUUUGUGCCAGUGUGGCAGCUGUUGGGAAGAGAAAACGAGAAAACUAAGAUGGGGUUGCCAGGCGUCGCUUUUGGGGUUGCGGUGGUUCUUGGUGUUGUCUUGGCUGUAUAUCAAAUUUACACUGGUAAAAAAAAUACAGCUUACUGUCACACUGGUGACAAAAAUUACCUGUAUGAGUUCACACCUAGAGCUGAAACCCUUCCUGCACUUGAAGGAAAGAAAAAAAAACGAAGAAAUUCGGUUCCACAGUGUGUGAUAUGUUGUGAAUCCUUCCUUGAAACAGACGCUAGCCGUAUUUUACCAUGCAAGCAUAAAUUUCAUACUCAGUGUAUCACCCAAUGGCUCGAAGAAAGCAGAAGUUGCCCAGUUUGUCGCUUAGUCGUCUAAACAUAUUUUUGAAUAUCAUUUUGCAGAGUACAUAAGUUACUACCUUCAGUCUUUGAUAUUAUAAAUUGUUUUCUCAGCUAACAAAACUCAACAUAUUUUAGUUUUUAUACAAUAAGGAUUAGUUACUUUUGUAUUUUGCGAAAACAUUUUGUUUUUUCGUAGAACUUAUUAGAUUUUUAUUAUUUUUAAAUCAAUUUACUGAAAGCACUGAAACCAUGGCAUAGCAAACAAUAAUUAUUUGUGGUGCUUAAUGAGUAUCAUGACAAUUUUAAAAUUAAAAGAGCAAUAUGUACAAUUUUGUGCCUUUCAGCUAGACACUAGAAUAAUUAAAUUACAUUAAGAUUU